GCGGGUGGCCCACGGGGGCAGGGGCGGCGUAGCCCGGCUCUCCGGAAGGAGACGUGGCGGCGGUUGGGCCCUGGGCUGCCUGGGCGUUUAAGUAGUCCCGCCGCCUCCUCCUCCUCCUCCUCCCCUCCUCUCCUCGGUGGCAGAGGAGGUUGUGUCGGCGGCUGGCGAGAUCGGCGGUGGAGGAUGGAGGAAGGAGGCGGCGGCGCGCGGAGUCUGGGCCCGGGCGGACCGGUGCUCUUGGUCCUCUGCGGCCUCCUAGAGGCGUCCGGCGGCGUCCGAGCGCUCCCCCAACUCAGCGAUGACAUCCCUUUCCGAGUCAACUGGCCCGGCACCGAGUUCUCUCUGCCCACAACUGGAGUUUUGUAUAAAGAAGAUAAUUAUGUCAUCAUGACAACUACACAAAAAGAAAAAUAUAAAUGCAUUCUUCCUCUUGUGACAGGUGGGGAUGAGGAAGAAGAAAAGGAUUAUAAAGGUCCUAAUCCAAGAGAGCUACUGGAGCCACUAUUUAAACAAAGCAGUUGUUCCUACAGAAUUGAGUCUUAUUGGACUUAUGAAGUAUGUCAUGGAAAACAUAUUCGGCAGUACCAUGAAGAGAAAGAAAGUGGUCAGAAAGUAAAUAUUCACGAGUACUACCUUGGGAAUAUGUUGGCUAAGACUCUUCUACCUGAAAAAGAACAAGAAGCAGAAGAAAAGGAAAAAUCAAAAGAGAUUCCCACUAAAAAUAUCGAAGGUCAGAUGACACCCUAUUAUCCUGUGGGAAUGGGAAAUGGUACACCUUGUAGUUUGAAACAGAACCGGCCCAGAUCAAGUACUGUGAUGUACAUAUGUCAUCCUGAAUCUAAGCAUGAAAUUCUUUCAGUAGCCGAAGUUACAACUUGUGAAUAUGAAGUUGUCAUUUUGACACCACUCUUGUGCAAUCAUCCUAAAUAUAGAUUCCGAGCAUCUCCUGUGAAUGACAUAUUUUGCCAAUCACUGCCAGGAUCACCAUUUAAGCCCCUCACCCUGAGACAGUUGGAACAGCAGGAAGAAAUUCUAAGGGUGCCUUUCAGGAGAAAUAAAGAGGAAGAUUUGCAAUCAACUAAAGAAGAGAGAUUUCCAGCAGUCCACAAACCCAUUGCUGUUGGUUCUCAGCCUAUGCUCACUGUUGGAACAACACACAUAUCCAAACUGACAGAUGACCAACUUAUAAAAGAGUUCCUUAGUGGUUCUUACUGCUUUCACGGGGGUGUUGGUUGGUGGAAAUAUGAAUUCUGCUAUGGCAAACAUGUCCAUCAAUACCAUGAGGACAAGGAUAGUGGGAAAACUUCUGUGGUUGUCGGGACAUGGAACCAAGAAGAGCAUAUUGAAUGGGCUAAGAAGAACACUGCUAGAGCCUAUCACCUUCUAGACGAUGGUACCCAGACAGUCAGGAUGGUGUCACAUUUUUACGGGAAUGGAGAUAUUUGUGAUAUUACUGACAAACCAAGACAGGUGACUGUAAAACUAAAGUUGAAUCUCCAGUGAUCUGUAAAAUCUUAGAUACUGCAGAUGAAAACGGACUUCUUUCUCUCCCCAACUAAAGGGUAAUAAAGUUCAGGGGAAGAAAAGAACACUGAAAGUCUUAAUGGUUUCUGACCAUGUGUCUCAUUAUAGAGUUCUCAGCCACUGAACCUCAUCUAAAGGAUCAUAUAAAAGGACUCUCAACUACUUUGUGAAUAUAGAGUGGGGCCUUGACUUAUGAGUGUCCCGACUAACGAGUUUUUCGAGAUACGAGCUGUCUCUAAGCCGAUUUUUUGCUUUGAGUUGCGAGCAAAAAUUCAGGUUAUGAGCCAGCUUCAGAUACCCC